UCUCAUCGUUCUUUAUCUAUUUCAUCAGUCAUUUGUCUCUGAAACCCAUUUCAGGGUUUCAAGAGAAAUAAAACGAAAACAGAAUCAAAUCAAUAAAAAAUAAACACCCGAGAAAUUUGUUAAAAAAAUGCUUCUAAGGAGCACUUCAACGCCAUUGUUGAAAACAUAUGUUUGCCAAUUAUCAACUCCAGAACCGGAUCCGGGGUCACCCCGACCCGUUUCAUUGUCCCUUGAGCGGACAUCAUCAGACGGCGAGCUCAAGCUUUUAUCUUUAGUCAGAGAGAAAAUGUUAACAAAAAGUCCUGCAAGGUCUGGUCGCGCGGUUGUCUUUAAGGAAGAGAAGAGCGUAUGCAUGGAAACAGCGUCGUCUCUUCUUUCUGAUAGUAGUAGGUCGGUGGCACUUGAUGAUAUUGAAGAGGAGGAGAGAAUGGUCUCCGAUGGUGGUGAUGGCCUUGGAAAUGGUGGCGGCAGUGGUGGUGCAGGUACCAGAAAUGCAGGUGAUGGGUUUUGGGAUUUAAGUCACGAACGUAUGGAUAAUUAUUAUCAGAUCAUGAUAGAAACAUAUCCUGGAGAUGCCCUUCUUCUUGCAAACUAUGCCAAGUUCUUGAAAGAGGUACGAGGUGAUAAUGUGAAAGCUGAGAAGGUGUGCGAGAAGGCUUUAAUGGCAAAUGCAAGAGAUGGGGAUGUACUAUCUAUGUAUGGAGAUCUAAUAUGGAAUAACCAUAAGGAUAAUGCUCGAGCUCAGACUUAUUUCGAUGAAGCUGUUCAGUCUUCACCUGAUGACUGUUAUGUUCUUGCUUCUUAUGCUCGAUUCCUAUGGGAUGCUGGUGAGGAAGAAGAAGAGAAAGAAAUUCAAUUGAGCAAUUUGAGUACAUGUGCACCAUCUCAUAAUAAUCUUUCGCAGGGUUAUGCUCAUCUGGCUGCUGCUUCUUCUUGAAGCUUUCACUACUAUGUUCUUCUAUUUUUAUUUUGUUAAUAUUCACGUAUAUAUACUAGAAAUAGCAAAAAUUUAAAUUAAAUAAAGACAAAGGAAAAAAAAAAAGAAGACCUUCAGAGUCUGUUUCUUUUGUCGUGACCAAUUAUAAACUGUUACCCCAUUCUCGUUAAUGUGGGUUGUAGGUUAAUUUGUUUAAGGAAGAAAAGGGAAAUAUCUAGCAGAAGAUAGAAUCAAGAACACUGGAAUGUAAGAGAGUUUCUACCCUGUAUUAUAUGAAAUAUACAGAAUCCUUUUUUGUUAUUUAAAUAA